UGGCCAGGCACGCGGCUCGUUGGAGGGAAGAUGGCGGUGACCGGCUGGCUGGAGAGUCUGCGGGCGGCAGAGAAGACGGCGCUGCUGCAAGACGGGAGAAGAAAGGUGCAUUAUUUGUUCCCAGAUGGGAAGGAAAUGGCCGAAGAAUAUGAUGAGAAGACAAAUGAACUACUUGUGAGGAAGUGGCGUAUGAAGAGUGCCCUGGGAGCCUUGGGCCAGUGGCAGAUUGAGGUGGGAGAGCCAGCGCUCCUAGGAGCGGGGAGCCUGGGGCCUGAACUCAUCACGGAAAGCAAUGCCAAUCCCAUAUUCAUGCGCAAAGACACCAAGAUGAGUUUCCAGUGGCGAAUUCGAAACCUGCCGUACCCUAAGGACGUUUACAACGUCUGUGUGGACCAGAAGGAGCGCUGUGUUGUCGUCAGAACAACCAACAAAAAGUACUACAAGAAGUUCUCCAUUCCUGACCUAGAAAGAUACCAGCUACCUCUGGAUGAAUCCUCACUGAGCUUUGCUCACGCCAACUCCACUCUCAUUAUCUCUUACCAGAAGCCAAAGGAGGUCCUGGUAGCUGAGUCAGAGCUGCAGAAGGAACUGAAGAAGGUAAAGACAGCCCACAGCAGUGACGGGGACUGCAAGACUCAGUAGCUGCCGCCUGAGCCUGACUUCUGACACUGGGUGGGUGAGGCUUUUCCUGUAGGCCUGUGAGACUUCGGGCUUGGGCCUUUCUGGCACAGGGGCAGCCUCUCUUCUCCCAGGAGCUGUCUAGGCUUUGUAAGAACUGGGCCUCAGGGCAUUCCUAGCCCCUAGGCUGUGGUCUUCCCUCCUGAGUAAAGUAAUUCUGAGUCAG